AACGGCCUCUUCGUCACUCUCGCCACCCCUCCCUCCAUCUUCUCCCACUGUCUCCCCCCGUCAUGCUGGACCCCGGAGGAAACCUCCGCCCUCAUCGAUGCCUACCGCGACAAGUGGUACUCCCUCGGCCGCACAAACCUCAAAGCCAUCCACUGGCAAGAGGUCGCCGAUGUCGUCACUGCCCAGUGUCCCAACGCUUCCACCACUGCCAAAACCGCCGUCCAGUGCCGCCACAAAAUGGAAAAGCUCCGCAAACGCUACCGCACCGAAAUCCAAUGCCUCCGCUCCCUCCCUCUCCCUCGCCUCAUCAACAACUCCACCACCGCUUCACCCUCCUCCUGGGUUCACUUCAAAUCCAUGGAUUCCAUGGAAAAAGGCCCCAACAAACCCCACACCGACACCACCGCUACCACCAACCCCAACACCCCCACCAACAACCCCAAUUUCCCCGACGACGACCCUGUUGAGAGGUUCACUGCUGUUGGGACUCGCAUGCCUAAAGGAGUUCUUCUUGUUGGUCCUCCAGGAACUGGGAAGACCCCGUUGGCCAAGGCUAUUGCUGGUGAAGCUGGUGUUCCAUUUUUUUUAAUAUUUGGUUCUGAGUUUGUUGAGAUGUUUGUUGGUGUUGGUGCUUCUCGAGUUCGUGAUUUGUUCAUGAAGGCCAAAGAGAACGCCCCUUGCAUUGUCUUUGUUGAUGAAAUUGAUGCUGUUGGAAGACAAAGAGGAACUGGAAUUGGUGGAGGGAAUGAUGAAAGAGAGCAGACCCUCAACCAACUUUUGACAUAAAUGGAUGGUUUUGAAGGUAAUACUGGUAUCAUUGUC